AUGGCAUAUGUCUCCAAACGCGAUGACUUCUCAGUUACGCUAAGGUCGGACAUUGCGCAAGACCUCGACAUCCAGGUACUCGAAGUACAACAACAUGCUCACCCGCCAACACUGCUAGUCAACAUCUACAACCAGUCACCUCUUCACGACGAUCAUGGAGAAUGGACAGCGGAGCGUCUACGACAGAUACAAUUCCCACUCGACAUCCCGAUCGUCCUCUCAGGAGACUGGAAUUCACACCACCAAAUGUGA